AUGACCGGUGGUGUUUCUGUUCGCGAUGUUGAUGCGCAAAAGUUCAUCGAGUCAUAUGCCGCCUUCUUGAAGAGACAGGGAAAACUUCCCAUUCCAGGUUGGGUUGACACCGUCAAGACCGGCCCAGCCAAGGAGCUCCCCCCUCAAUCAAUCGACUGGUUCUACGUCCGCGCCGCCUCGAUCGCCCGCCACGUCUACCUGCGCAAAACCGUCGGUGUCGGCCGUCUCCGCAAAGUCCACGGCAGCACACGCAACCGCGGAUCCCGCCCAUCCCACCACGUCGAUGCCUCUGGCUCCGUCGACCGCAAGGUCAUGCAAGCGCUUGAGAAGAUCGGUGUCCUGGAGCAGGAUGAGGACAAGGGAGGACGACGCAUUACGCAGAGUGGACAGAGAGAUUUGGACCGUAUCGCGCAGACCACUGUCGAGGCUGAUGAGGACGAGGACGACGAGUAG